AUGUCCAACGAUGCGUACCAUUGCUCCUUCGUCCUCCUCGCCGACUUCGACAUCGACCGUGGCGCGCUACUCACGUACCAGUUUCCCCAACCACUCGGAACAGAUGAAGGCCUCCUCGCGAACUUGAUGUUGCCAGAUGGCGCCGAGAAGCAGCCUGAAGACUGGACCAUAUUCUUCCUCAACCAGACGCCAUUCAACACUAUAGCACCCGUCCUUGCUCUGGAGUCACCAGGCGCGAGUGAUGGAUAUGAGCAGAGCGAGAAACCAGAGUUAUUGUACGUGUUGAACCUGGUGAGGACCAAGCUGGAUAAGACAGCACGCAGAGGUGCGGUGGUGAAGGCAAUGGCGAUUUGUACGCGGCAUCCAUUCGUCCAGAUAUUCAAGCCCGUCCUCGUCAUGGCGCUGGACGAUUACUUCGCCAACCCGUCGCAAGACUGUCUCGCCCGUCUCUUCGACGCGAUCAAUUCCAUGGACAUCUCAAUGGCACCCGUCCUGACGCGCUACGAGAAGCUCAUCAUGCGCGCUUCCGAGCGGAAGGACGUCUUCCUCGACAAGUUCGACGACUUCUUGCAGGGCCUCCUCGGAGACCCUGGCACCGCGACGCAGCAGUCGACCAACCUGGCUGCAACCUCUCGGCAGACGCACCGUGCGAGCAACUCCGUAGAAUCGCAGUCUAGCUUCGAAGAGGGCAUCCUGAUGCGGCGGCGGGAGGAGCGGAGGGAGGCCAGCCGUCCGCCACCCUCGCAGCCCUCGCCCUCAGACGCGUCGUUCUCCCUCGACGGCAGUGCGGUGUGGGUUGGGGAUGAGAGCGGGUUGGAGCAAGUUGGACCGGGGGGCGCUGUCGCAGGCGCGGGCGCGAGCAGCAGCAGCGUCGCUAGCAGCGUGCCAUUCCGCGGUAGGAGAUCCACCGACGCGUCUUCAGUCUCUGCAUCCUCGAACGGCGUGCACGGCAGACGAGAUGAUCCGACACCGGGGCCGGGCACGUCCAGUCUCGCUAUGGCGGUGAUGAAGGACUCGCAUUUCUUUCCCGGCAUAAUCGACUACGGUGAGCACCACUUGCCCAUCAAGCUGCCACUGGCGACGUUUCCGGAGGAAGUUGGUGACUACUCCAUCAUCGAGCUUAUCACGACGUUCUCACCGCUCCAGGCGACCCUCAGUGGCCCUCUCCAUCCUCAUUUACAUACAAACGGGGCACUCACUCCUCCGGUCAUCGUGCUGUUUAAUGCCCUGCUUACUGGUAAACGUAUCAUCUUCUUGGGCCAUCAUAAACCUGCCCACUUGGUAUCAAACUUCGUUCUUUCCGCGUGUGCCCUCGGAUCCGGCUGUGGAGCCAUCUUGCGAGGGUUUAUCAGGCGUGCGUUUCCAUAUGCGAAUUUAACAAACCGUGAGGAAUGGGAAUCUAUCCCGGGGUUCAUUGCCGGAGUGACGAACCCGAUCUUUGAAGCGUCGGGCUCAUGGGACCUUCUAUGUGAUAUUGGCACCAAGCGCAUGGUUGUUUCCAAAGACAUCAACAUCUAUCACCCGACAUCGGUGCCUCCUAGUCAGGGCCCGCUCAUCAUCCGCACCGGCACUCUUCGGGCGGAGGGAUCCGUGGGCAGCGAAGAAGACGUCGUUCGGAUUCCAGGGAGGGAUUCGACCUCUACACAGAGGAGCGACCUCGCUGCCAAGGCAGAUCAUCCGGACAACCAAUUCAUAGACGAUCUGCUUUCCCUCAUCAGCUCCCACUACGGAGAGCCCCUCGUACAGGCACGCUUCACGGAAUAUCUGGUCCGCUUUAUCAAGCUUGCCUCCCGGUACGAAGAGGACAUCACAGGCACAACUACAAUUGGAUACCCGAACGUGACGUAUACGGAGAAGGCAGGUGAACGACGGCUAGGAAGCGGCAUCACCUUCCCGGACGACUCUACCAGCCCCAGAGAAAUCGCGCUGAGCGCGAGCAGGAUCGAGGCGUGGAGGCGGACGGAGAGCUACAGGCUCUACCAGAUAGAUGUGAGGAGGAGCAUGACUACGAACCCAAUACAUGGUUUCGACGUGUCGUAUCAGUUGUUGCGACUUCGACAUGCGAAGAGGAUGCCAGAUGGCGAAGCUGAACUGAUCAUGCGAACCCUCUCAGAAAAUUUGCAAACCUAUGAUCAAGUCACCGAGCUUCUAGCCCAUCUUCCGCCCCACCAGAAUGGCCUGCUUCCGCUCAGCUUCGGACUGUUCCACCAGCAGGAGGCGGUGCGAGAUUACACUGUUAACAUCUUCAACGAACUGCGUUCGCACUCGAUCGGAGUACAGUUCCUUCAGGCCCUGAACCACUUCCAGCGAUUCGCCUAUGUCAGACAAGCACACGCCAAGGAGGCACGGCUCGUCCGCGACCAGAACACGCUCCCUAUUCCGCCAGCGUCGUACAUGUCGCGCACACCGUCGAACCGCAGCAACUCCAGCAUAGGUGGAGGAUAA